AUGAUCGCCCCGGCGCUGGACAAGCCUGGAAAGGACCUCCACAUGACGAGCAAUAUCGAAAUCAACCUGGCGCUUUCGAUCUUUGUGCUAGCUUUCGCGAUCGGCCCUUUGGUCUUUGGUCCUGCUUCGGAGGUUGAUGUUUGGGAUGCAGAGCAUCGCGGAAAAGCCACGGGUAUCUACACCUUAACGCCAAUUUUGGGACCAGUUAUUGGACCGAUUGCGGGGGCCUUUAUUGCCCAUGAUACCACAUGA